GCACUUUCAAUGGAAGUGAAUGGGGCCAAUUUUUGAAGGGUUUAAAGGCAGAAACGUAAAGCUAAUAAUUAUAUAAAAGCACUUACAUUAAUUUUUCUGUUAAAACUCAUGUAUUAUUUGAGCUGUAAAAUUGUUUAAAUCUUCAUUUUUACAGUUUAGGGUUUGAUGACAUUACAUCAUCAUGGCGACAAAGUUGCAAAAUUGGCUAUAACUUUACAGAAAAGGUUAGCAAGCGAUUUUUUCCACACUAAAAUCAUGUUAACGCAUAUUGUUUAAAUUUUGUGGCAAUACUUUUGAAACAGUGAGUAUUUUAAUGUUUACGGAUUGGCCCCAUUCACUUCCAUUGUAAGUGCCUCGCUGUAACACGGAUGUUUGCUUUUUUUUAAGAAAAUGAGGGAUGAGUCAAAACUCAUUUUUGAGCUAAUCAUCAUUAUGCCACAAAUGCUGUUAAGUCAGCUUAACUUGUAUUGAACCCGGGAAUAUUCCUUUAAGAUACAUUUUUUUUUAAGAUCAAGAGAAACAUAAAUACAGUCAAGUGUGUCCAAACGUAUGCCUUUAUUGCAACAGGUAGAUAGAGUACAGGCUUUGAAAAGUGCAAGCCUGCUCCUCCUCCUUUCCCCGGCGCUUACCAAUUACGUACAAACUACCACUCCCAUGAUCCCCCGCUUCGUCAGGCAGGAAGGACGUGUGUUAGCAGGAGCUCACACUGAUCCAAGUUAGGAGCUCUCAGCUGCUAGCUUUGGCCCAUCAUGUAAGUGCCUGCCGAGGUUUCUUUGCAGAGCGCUUGCAGAAAUUCCCCCGUUUUCGUUGCGCUUUGCGAGGCGUGCAAUUGCAAUCCCAGGCUUUGCACGGAGAAGACCGCACACGACGCCCAAAGGAUCCGAGUGCAUGAAGAUCGGGGCUUGUAUUUUGCACCUUUGUCGCAAAGCAAGCCCGCUUAAAGCCUCACUGCGAGGGCUAGAUGGAGGGAGGGAGCGACAAGGAAGGCAAAGUCUUUUGUGCUUCCCCUUCCCCCAACAACCCGAAAGGGGAGAUGUCCGUGCCAAAACCAGCAGGUAAAAAGAAGCCACCUCUCCGGCUUCCAAGAGAGGCAUUUGAGAAACCCCAGCCUGCACCUACACCCCCAAGAGACCUGGACUCCAAAGCCUGCGUUACCAUUGGAGAAAAGAACUUUGUGGUGAAAGCAGAUGAUUUGGAGCAGAUUGGGGAGUUGGGACGAGGGGCGUAUGGAGUGGUGGACAAGAUGAGACACGUCCCCAGUGGCGUAAUUAUGGCAGUAAAGCGGAUCCGGGCAACAGUAAACACACAGGAGCAGAAACGACUGCUAAUGGAUCUGGACAUCUCAAUGAGAACAGUAGACUGCUUUUUCACUGUUACCUUCUAUGGGGCUCUCUUCAGAGAGGGUGACGUGUGGAUCUGCAUGGAGCUGAUGGACACCUCUCUGGAUAAGUUCUAUAAGCAGGUGCAUGAGAUGGGUAUGACCAUCCCAGAGGACAUCCUUGGCAAGAUCGCAGUCUCUAUUGUGAAAGCAUUGGAGCAUCUCCACAGCAACCUGCAAGUGAUUCACAGAGAUGUGAAACCCUCUAAUGUCCUGAUAAACAUGCAGGGCCAGGUGAAAAUGUGUGAUUUUGGCAUCAGCGGGUACCUGGUGGAUUCAGUGGCAAAGACCAUGGAUGCUGGCUGUAAACCAUACAUGGCGCCUGAGAGAAUCAACCCAGAGACCAAUCAGAAAGGCUACAAUGUCAAGUCUGAUAUCUGGAGUUUAGGAAUCACAAUGAUUGAGCUGGCCAUUCUGCGGUUUCCCUAUGAGUCAUGGGGAACGCCAUUUCAGCAGCUCAAGCAGGUGGUGGAGGAGCCGUCGCCCCAGCUGCCUGCAGACCGCUUCUCAGCCGAGUUUGUGGACUUCACGUCACAAUGCUUAAAGAAAAAUUCCAAAGAGCGGCCAAACUAUACAGAACUAAUGCAACAUCCCUUCUUCACCCUCCAUGACUCCAAAGAUACAGACGUGGCUUUCUUUGUCAAGAGCAUCCUCGGGGACUGAGACCGUCCCUCUCGGCAAAACAGACGUAUUGCCACAGGAGGAGGGAGAGAUUGGACUGUUUCAGGAAAUAAAAGCACCAAUAGCAAGACUGUAAGACACGCCCACCUCAGCUGCCAGCAGUGCACAUGCACUCAAGAGGGGCUGGGGGACAGAAACUGAGGGAGGCGGGGUGUUUCUUAGCAACAUACGGGAGUAGGGCAUGGGACAGGAAUCUUAGUACGUGUGUGUGCAUGUAUGCGUGUGAGAUUGUGUGCGUGUGUGUUUGUAUGUGUGAAUUAAAAGCCUGCCUGUAUGUGCAUACAUGUGCAUUUAAAAGGUUUUACAGUCCCAAAUCUGAAUUUCAUGUCACAGCUAAUCUAUUGUUCAAUCGCAGUCAAAACUCCGCUUUACCUCUCAAUCCAAAAAGCAGUUUUAGCAUCAGGUGAAUCUGUUAUAGAUGUCUGUUGAGUUUUCCCCAGUGGCACUUCAGUGUAUUCUAAGUAUUCAGAAACGUUACCAACAAUGUCCGGUUCCUCAAAAUAAAAUGAAUUAAAAUAAAAAUACAGGGUGAGUGGUAUAGAUAUUUAUCCAUUAUCUAGAUAUGUAUAUAUCCUCAAAGAUAUUUCUUGAAUUUAUUGAAUGAGUACAUGAGGAAAAUAUGCUCUGUUUGGCUGUAAGGAGUGAUGAUGAUAAAAAAUAAAAUAAAAAAAUAUCAGAUCAGUUUUGAAAUGCUGUCAGAAUAGUAAGGGUUUAGGAACUAGGCCCACAGAGCUGUCCCUGAAUUAAAUGCUAAAGGGGUAGUUCACCCAAAAAGGAAAAUUCCUUCAUUUAAUCACCCUGUUGUUACAAAGCUGUAUAAUUUGCUUAAUAUAGGAAAUGUUAGGCAGAAUCCUCAGUCUCGGUCACCGUUCACUCUCAUUCUAUGGAAAAAAGACAGAAGAAAGAAGGCCACAGGUUUGGAACGAAAUGAGGGUGAACAAAGGAUAACAUAAUUUUCAUUUUGGUUGAACUGUCCCUUUAAUAGCCAGAAGUGAAGAGCUUUGCUUUGCCUGCAAGGCCUAAAUGCAGUGGUUGGUAGCAAACACUGCUUUCCAAAUACCCUCCAUGAACUCUGUGUGAAUGGGUGUAUGUAUGUGUGUGCUUUAUUUGCUACUUGUCUAUACCAAGGUAAUUUUGGGGCAAAAGAUAUCUUAGUCUGUUGGCUACAUCUGGUCCUCUCUGUUCUGAGCCAAUCAAAAAAAAAAAAAAAAAAAAAAAAAUUACUAUUUUCAACUGCAAUCCAACUGGAAAUUAUAAUAUUAUUAUUACUAUCAUAUUUUAUUACACACACUGCGUAUGUAUUACCGUAAUGAGGUGUUUUGCAGUUUCUGUACGUGUUGUAACUGCUGUUUUUCUCAUUGGAAACUUGACAAUUUCUUUUUAAUUUUAAGAUUGUGUGCAGGAAUGAGUGUGUUUAAGUGAGAGCAUGUGCGUGUACAUGUAUGCAUGUGAGCAUUUUUAUAUGAGUCUGAACACACGUAGCUGACACUUUCAAAGCCUCACUGUGACUCGGAAGCCUGAUUUUGUGCCUCUAUAGAGAAAAAAAAAGCAAAACAAUUCACCUACAGUACAUUUAAAUCAAACUACAAAACCCACGCUGCUUGUGUCACAAAGACAUGCUUUGCUUUCCUCAGGCUUUGGAUAGUGGUGAGGGGUCUGAUGCUUCGCUUUCUGGGCUUCUGGUUUUAAUCUCAUUAAAUUCUGUAAGAUGGAGAUGAUGUAUGUGUGCAUGCACGUGUGUGUGUGUGUGUGUGUGUUUUAUCUUUUUUUUUUUUUUUUUUUGGUUGGUCUUUUUUGUCUUGUGACCACUGUACACAGAAUGGAUAACACUGCUGAUUUGCCUGUAAUCGUUAUAUUGUUUGAUUCAAACAUAAAGGUUCUCUUAUAUCUUCGCUGCUUCUUUUUGAUAUGGGCAAUACGUUAAUGAAAUCAGUGUUUUUGGGGCCAGUUCAUCCUGAAGAUAUCCACUCCCAUGCAGUUUGGUUUAUGACUCAGUAAAUCUAUAUGCAUUAUAUUUGUGUACAAUAGAAAUGUAUUUUCAAACUUCAGAAAAAGUUGGUUUAUCUGGGCGUAUCUUACAAAACCUGUUGAGAACAUAUCCAGGUUAAUGUUUCACCCUAAAGAUUUUUUUUUUUUAAUUCAAAAUUACAUUGAUGAAUAGAAAAAAUAAAAGGAAAAAGAUUUUUUUGCUUUUUGACAUUUCAGCACAUUCAAAACAGAAUUUUCAUUACUGUCAAAAAACCUCAUUAGUGAAAAAAUGUUUCUUACUGUAAUGCAAAUAGAAAUAUAUUAUUUUAAAGUACAGUGGCAAGAAAAAGUAUGUGAACCCUUUGGAAUUAGCUGGUUUUCUGCAUUCCACAGCAUCUCUAUUGGGUUAAGGGCUCUGAAUAGGCCACUCCAAAAGGUGAAUUUUCUUUUUAUGAAGCCAUUCUGUACUGGAUUUACUUUGAUGUUUAGAGUCAUUGUCCUGCUGCAUCACCCAACUUCUACCUGACAUUAUCCUGUAGGAUAUCUUGAUGCACUUUGGAAGUAAUUUUUCCCUCGAUGAUGGCAAGUGGUCUAGGCCCUGAAGCAGCAAAGCAGCCCAAAAUCAUGAUCCUCCUUCCACCGUACUUCACCGUUGGGAAGUUUUCAUGUUGGUAUGCGGAGCCCUUUUUACGCAAUGUGUAGUGAUGCGUGUUCUUCCCAAACAAUUCAACCUUAGUUUCACCAGUCCACAAAACAUUUUCCCAGUAGCGUUUGGCAAACUUCAGGCAUACAGCAAUGUUUUGUUAAAGUAGCUGCUUCCUUUGUGGUGUCCUACCAUGGACACCACAUGGACAAACAUUGUUUAAUGUUUUCCAUAAAGUAGACUCAUGAACGGAGAUGUUAACCAGUUUCAGUGGUUUUUUCAAGUCUUUAGCUGUCAAUCAAGUGUUCUUUUUUACCUCAUUGAACAUUCUGCAGCAUGCCCUUUGAGUCAUCUUGGCUGGAUGGCCACUUCUAGGGAGAGUAGCCAUAGUACUAAAUUCUCUCCAUUUAUAGACAUCUUGUCUAACCGUGGACAGAUGAAUAUCUUAGCUCUUCAAGAUAACUUUGUAAACCUUUCCAGCUUUACGCAAAGAAACAAUUCUUGAGUGUAGGUCUUCUGAGAAUUUAUUUUUUUUUUAUUUUUUUUUUUUUUGUGAGGCAUGAUCCACAUCAGCAGAUGCUUCUUGUGAUUAGCAAACUCAAAAUGUUUGUGCUUAGUCAAAGUUGCUCCAACCCACACCUCCAAUCUCAUUUCAUUAAUUGGAUGUCAGGUUUGCAAACUCCUGACUAAUUAGCUUUUGUUGACAUCAUUAGCCUAGGGGUUCACAUACUUUUUCCAGCCUACACUGUGAAUGUUUAAUGUAUUUAAUAUGUACAAGAAAAAUACAAUAAUUUGUGUGGUAUUAGUUAAAACAGAUGAUCAAACCAAAUUUUAAUGCAAAUGUAUACAUAAAUGCAUGUAAUCUUGCCACUGUAUUUAUAUAUCAUGGUAGUAUUUGUUGUACUGCUAUUAUGCAGGCUGAUUAAAAAAAAAAAUAAUUGUAUUACAGUAAUUUGUUAAUGUAAUACAUUAAAAAAUAAUUACCGUAAUGAGAAUGUAUAGAGAAUAAUUAAAGAAUUAAAGGAACUCGAGUAAAAUGUUGGAACACAUUACAGUAAUGUUCAUUUAAUAGGGGUGCUUAAUUGUCAUAAAUAAAAAUGAAACAUGUAUAUAUCUAUAUAUAAAAUAGGUUUCUAUAUAUGAUAUAUUUCUUAUUUAUUAGAAAAUUAUAUUUUGAAAUGUGGCCUUGACAUGUUUUUUUGAGAGAUUCUCCAAACUACCCAUUCAGGUUUUGUGAUCAAGAAUAUUGCAAGUAGAGUUUAAAUACAUAUGCAAAAAAUGAGAAAAUUAAUGAACACUGAAAAACUGAAAAAUGCAGGGACUAACUUAGCACUUGACAAACCUUUCUAGUUGUUCUGGAAGUUUCUGUCCUCUGCUCAAACAGAUGACCGCUGCAUGCCACCCAAAUCUUUCCACUCCGUCUGUUUCAUUCAUCCAUAUGAGCAUUCCCAGCCAUCAUGUGUUAAAGCAAUAGAUUAGCUAAGUGGACACCACCGUGAGAUGACAGUACACGUGAUGACAUUAAGCACAAGCCCUUUGAAAAAGAUGACUUCUUGGCCUGUGGUAUAAGAGACAUCUUUCCUGUUCAUUUUUCAUUCAUCCCAAUUUCUUCUCCCUUGUGUGAGGUUAUAUCAGUUCUUUGUCAUUUUAUGUCACCUUCUCUUUGCUGAAAGAUUUAGAGUUAGAAUGUCUGAUGAUUUUUUUUUUUUGGUAAUCAAACAUGUCUUGUGA